GGGCAGGCGCAGGAGCCCCAGCAGGGCCCGGAGGUGUGCACGGAGCCCGCGGUGCUGGCCAAGCACGCCGUGGGCGUCAACUACUACAAGCAGGGCUCCGACGUAGCGCUGAAGGACGACGCGGACUACCCCGACUGGCUGUUCCAGAUGUACCUCGGCCCGCCCAAGAAGCUGGAGGAGCUGGACCCUGAGACGCCCGAGUACUGGAGGCUGCUGCGGAAGCUGAACACCUGGCACCGAAACAAGCUGAGCAAGAACAGGAAAUUCUAGGGAGGGGGCCCGCGUGGCAGACUCCUUCGGUGCCCUCCUGCCGGGGAAGGAGGAUGCACAGGGCUCCAGGAGAAGAACUGGACUUUGCCCUAAAUGACAGGAGACAGGAGCAGCUGGGACCUCUUCCCCAGCUUGCGUCUUAUUUUUCCUGUAAAUACUGACAAUAAAUCAUUCUUGUGUGAUGAAU